UCGCGUUAUGUCAUCGAAUACGGUUUUCGAAAACGGUGUUCUUAGUCUUUUUAUCGGUGAAAUAUCUUUUCUUUCGACACCUGUGAAGUUGUGAUGUGAUAGUGAAUGAAACCUGUGAAAUUGAUGUGGUAGGAAUUCAAAUUGAUUAAAAAUUCUAGAUAUUGUUGAACCGCAAAUUCAUCGGAAUUUUUACAGCAAUUUAUCUUUAGACAAUAUAUGCAGAUUUUUAACCAUUUGUUGAUUAACAGAUGAGCGCAGGUUGACAAUAUCUAGUCGUUUUAUCCAAUUGUUCAAAUAAUUUUUAGAGUCGAUACACUUCAGAAUGUCUGAGAAUAGCCGAAAAAAAAGUUUUGUUGUACAUAGUGAGGCGAGAACAUUAAUAGGCAAUAUUAUUCGAAAGUGUGAUGAAGAAGCAUUGGAAAAUUCGUCGAAAUUCUUGGUGAAACAGGCUACAAAACGGGCAGCUUACUAUACAGGUAAAUCAGAGAGUCUUAUAAAAAGAAUUCGUAGACAGCUGAAUGAGAGCGACCAGGGAAAACUUGCAACUCCUGGAAAGCAUAGACCAACAAGAGCUGAGAAUAAUAGAACAUUAUUUGUAGAUGAUUUCGAUAAAUGUGUAAUACGUAAUAUAGUGCACGAUUUCUAUAAAACAGAGAAAGUUGUCCCAACAAUUAGGAAGCUUCUCCCUAUUGUACAAAAUAAAAUACAUUUUCCCUGGAGAGAAAGCUCUCUACGAAAAGUUUUAAAAAGUAUUGGCUUUAAAUGGAGAAAAUGUAGAAGCAAACGACGAAUUUUGAUAGAGAAACCUGAAAUUGUGAAUUGGCGUUACAAAUACUUAAUUGAGAUGAAGGCUUUGCGCGAAACAGGUAGAGAAAUUUUCUAUCUCGAUGAAACAUGGAUUGACAGCAACAUAACUGUCAAAAAAUGCUGGCAAUCAGACGAGAUAUUUGGUGUUCAAGAGAACUAUUCGGCAGGAAAUAGAUUAAUCGUCUUACAUGCUGGGAGUGCAUCGGGAUUUUUGAGUGGUGCAAAAUUAAUUUAUAGAGCGGGUAUUACAACUGGGGACUAUCAUGGUCAGAUGAAUAAUGUUAAUUUUGAGAAGUGGGUGAAGGAGAAAUUGGUGCCGAAUCUUCCUCCAAACUCGAUAGUUGUUAUGGACAAUGCUCCAUACCAUUCUGUUCUGGCUGAAAAAGUUCCUACAAAAUACUCAGUGAAAAAAGACAUGAUCGAUUUUUUACAAAAGAAAGGAGUCGAGUGCGAUAUGACAAUGAGAAAAGAACAAUUGGUCCCAUUGAUACAAUUGCAUAAGCCCAGAGAAAAAACUUUUCGAAUUGAUAAAUAUAUUUCAAGCUUCAAUCAUACAGUGAUAAGGCUACCUCCAUACAUGUGCGACUUGAAUGCCAUUGAGUAUGCCUGGGCCAGUGUAAAAAAUUAUGUAAGGAGUAAAAACUGUGACGGUAAUUUGUGUUUGAAGAGACUGAUGGAGCUAGCCGAAGAAGCAGUUUCAACACUUACAGGUGCAGAUUGGACCAAGUACUGCGAGAAAGUAGUAGAAAAUGAAAAAAUGUAUUGGCAGAAUGAUGGUAUCAUAUCUGAUGUGAUAGACAAUAUCACCAUUUCCCUUGGGGACAACGAAGAUGAGUCUUCGAGUUCCAGUGAUAAUGAUGAAGAAGAUGAUUCUGGCUCUGAUGACGAAGAAGACUCAGACGAUUACGCUCGACCUCUUCCAGAAUAG